AUGAAACUCCCAUCCACAACCACCCUCCUCCUCCUCCCCUCCCUCCUCGCCACCACAGCCUGGUGCACCCCGGACCUCCAAAACGCCCACGACAUCGACUGGUCCUCUCUCAGAUCAGCCCUACAAAGCCACACAAUCGCCAUCCCCACCAAAACCGCCAACCUGGAAAACAUCUCCCCCCCACCACACUCCAUCGUCGAGAAAGUCGUCACGGGCGUCCCGGCCACCGUGCUCGCCCAGCUGUUUGUCCCGGCCCAGCGCAGCGCCCUAUCCAGCGACUUCAACGCCGGACAUACCCCGGACUGGUACCUGGCGCUGCCGACGGACGUCAAGAGUUAUUUGAGUGAUGUGAAGAGACAGGUUGCGACGGGUGCGUUGACGGCGACGGGUAAGGAGGCGAAGGCGACGGGGGAUGCGAAGACGGGCGGGGCGGGCAGGGCAGUAGGGAAGGGGGUCGAUUUGUGGGUUUUGGGCGGGUGUGCGGUUGGGGUGUUGGGGUUGUGGGGGCUGUGA